AUGGCUUUGAUGUUGGUAAAGUUUGACAUGAAGAAGCGAGUAAAGCUCGCUCAGACAAUAUGGUUCCUGUACUGGUUCGCCGUAAUGGCCGGCGUGCUGGUCUUCAGCAUGGGGCUAUUCUUUAAGAUCGAGCUGCGAAAGCGCUCAGAACUUAUGGACAACAACGAGAGCCACUUGCUGCCCAACGUUCUUAUAUUAAUGGGUCUAAUAGCCUGUGGCGUCAACGCUUUUGGAGGCAAAGUCUGCUACGACUCCCUGGACCCUUCCAAGUUUAUAAAAUGGAAGCCCAUGUUGAAGCCCUUCUUGAUGUUCUGCGUGGGGUUCAACGGCCUGUUGUUUGUCACAGCCCUGCUGUGUUUUGUGAUGAGGAUCCCGCUGCAGUUCACCCUCGCUGAGGGGCUGAAGAACGGCAUGAAGUUCUACAAGGACACGGACACGCCAGGACGAUGCUACAUGAAGAGGACCCUGGACCUGAUGCAGAUGGAAUUCAGAUGCUGCGGAAACAACCACUACAGAGAUUGGUUUGAGAUUCAGUGGGUAAGCAACCGCUACCUGGAUUUCAGCGCAAAGGAAGUCAAAGACCGCAUUGGGAGCAAUGUGGACGGCCAGUAUCUGAUGGAUGGAGUCCCGUUCAGCUGCUGUAACCCCAGCUCCCCCAGACCCUGCAUUCAGGGCCAGAUGACCAACAACACUGCCCACUACAGCUACGACCACUACACGGAGGAACUCAACGUAUGGAAGCGCGGCUGCCGUGAAGCCAUGGUGUCCUACUACGGAGGCUUGAUGAACACCAUCGGAGCCCUGGUCUUGUUGGUCACCAUGCUUGAGAUUGCUGUGACCAUCGGCCUGCAGUACAUCAACAGCUCUCUGUCCAGCCUGGUGAACCCUGAGGACCCAGAGAGCGAGAGCGAGGGCUGGAUCCUGGAGAAGACAGUGGGGGAGACGUUCACCGACAUCAUGACCAACAUGAAGGCAAUGAGCAAAGGUGGCAAGGUGGAGGAGGAGGCCGAGGCAGGGGUGGCCACGGUGAGCUGAGCUAACCCCUCCUGCAAAAACUGACAC